AGAGUUGCGCAUGCGCGGUUGGGCUUACCGGCUUUGCUUGGCGCGCUUUGGCUGCUUGGCUUCGCCUGUUGCUGGCUCUGACUUUGGCAACAGCGGAGUUUCCUGGUUGGAGGUGUUGGCUGACCAGAGUGGUUUGGUCUCAUUGGGCCCUUGAGGCUGUGAUAGGUGGGAUGGUGCUGAGGUGUCUCUAAUAACCUCCGCCAUGGAAACGAUCUCUGGCUCCCGGAACCAGAAGGGCCGGGGGCCGAGUGGCUUCUUCACCCGCUGGUGGAGGAGCAGCAGGGGUGAUGUCGCCAAGCGCGAUGACAGCCCCUUCGCCCGGCGUGGGUACGACAUCCGAGGGAAACAUCUCGGCAAGCUCCACAGAGCGGCUAGCCGGGGUGACGUCUCUAGGAUGCAGCAUAUCCUUACGCGCGGGAACGUUGACUUGGAUGAGAGAGACAAGAAGCAGAGGACUGCCCUGCAUUUGGCCUCUGCCAAUGGCCAUCCAAAAGUGGUAGCUCUUCUGGUGAACAGUGGAUGUCAACUUAAUGUCUUUGAUGACAAAAACAGGACAGCUCUAGUAAAGGCGGUGCAAUGCCAGAAAGAGGAAUGUGCGACUACUUUGCUAAAACACGGUGCUGACCCAGAUCUUUCAGAUAUCUAUGGCAACACUGCCCUACAUUAUGCUGUCUACAAUGAGGAUAUCUCAAUGACAGAAAAGCUGCUUUUGCAUAAUGCCAAUAUUGCAUUAGCAAACAAGGAUGAACUCACACCAUCUUUACUAGCUGUACAUGAAGAAAAACAGGAAAUGGUACAAUUUUUCAUAAAGCGAAAAGAAAAUUUAACUGCAGUUAAGUUUGAAAGACAUAGCAUUCACCAACUAAUGUAUGAAUACAAAGAAAAUAAGACAGCUGGAAAUCCUCAAAAUAGCAAUCCAGAAGAAACAUCAAACAAGAUGGCAUGCUUGGGAGGAGAAGCGGCAGGUGCAAAAGCAGAACAAGUCUUGGCAAUGAUAUCAGAGGAAGAGCAAGAAAGGCUUGAAGAAAGUGAAAACAACCAGCUACAAAUUUCUCAUUGGCAUAAGAAAGAAAAAGAUCUGCUGCAUGAAAACCACAUGUUGCAGGAAGAAAUUGACAGACUAAGACUGGAAAUAGACACAAAGGAAAUUAGGAACCAGCAAAAAGAAAAUAAAUAUCUUGAGGACAUUGAAAUUGUGAAAGCAAAGAAUGAUUUCCUUCAAAAUGCUUUGAAACAGAAAGAGGAAACAUUAACAACAACGAUAUCUCAGUACAGUGUACAGCUUGAAGUUUUGACAGCUGAGAAUGAAAGGCUCCGUUCUGAAUUGGAGGCUAAAAAUCAAAACCAGGAAGCAUUGGAAACAGAAAUUGAAUCAUAUCAUUGUAGACUGGCCGCUGCUAUACAAGAUUGUGAUCAACAUCAGGCAUCAAAAAGAGAUGCAGAACUCAGUUUCGAGAGAGCAAGAGAAGAGUGGCUUCAUUUAAAGGAAAAAUUGAAUUUUGAUACGAGUAACCUAAAUGAUAAGAACGAGAUGCUUUCUAAAAAACUCUCUAAUGCUGAAAAUGAAAUCAGAAGCCUCAAAAUGAAGCACCGCCACAUAAAAGAUGCCCUAAGAGAAAAGACAUUGGUUUUAGAAGGUAUCCAAAAUGAAGAAGGCAAAGUGAAUAGACACAUUCAAAAGCAAGACCCUCUAGAGGAGAGAUUAUCUCAAAUACAGAAUGAAAAUUUGUUACUUCAACAGCAACUGGAUGAGGCUCACAAGAAAGCUGACAAUCAAGAAAAGAUAAUUAAUAUCCAAGAGCAACUUAUUGCUACUGUCAAAAAUCAAGCUGAGAGUAAAAAGCAACAUCUUCUACUAGAGCAGAAAAACAACAUGUUAGUCAAUAAAGUCAAUUACUUAGAAGAAAGAUUGUAUGAAUAUGAAAAAAAGAAAGCAGAAAGAAACGAAACUGUGAGACAACUUCAACAAGAACUGGAUGGUAUUGUAUAAAAACAACCUAUGUCAGAGCCCUCACUAGGGCUACACUAUGUUAUGAUGUUAAUUAAGAUGAAACAGGACUUAAAGAGGAAAUCAGGUCAAAUCAGAAGUCUCGUAUGUAUAAAAUGUAGCAUGUCAACAUUUAAUCUAUAGCUAGUUAAAUAAUAUCAAGUGGUUUAGGAUACUAAUUUCAGUGAGCAGCUUUCUUUUGUAUUUUCAUUAUAAUUAAUUUUAUUAUCUUUAUAAUGUAUUUGAUUCUUAACCUCUGGACUUUUAUUCUGUCACUUUUUCCUCUUAAGUAUGUACAUAUUUUUCUUAUAAUAUUUACCUUGAGGAAAAGUUGGGAAUUAGACAUCAUUUCUCACGAAAGUUGAGAGACUUUUUUUUGGUGAGACAGUAUUUUUAAGUAAUUUUUUCUCUAUUAUCAUGGUGAGAGAAGUCAGAUUAAAUCAGAGGACAAUAUGAAGUUCAGAAAAUUGUGAAUGGGUACAGAAUCUCUGUAUAUUUCUUGCAUGUAUUUCAGGAUAACUUGUACAGGAAAGGCUAUUACAGUUGUCUUGAAAAUGCAAGUGUUUUAGAUUAGUUUACAAAAUACUUGAAAUGUUAGGCAUUUCCUUCCUAUUUCUUUUAAACAUAUUGUCAAGCAGAAAUAUUCAGAUUAUGUGUAGUAUAUAAUCCAAAGUAGAGAAGUAAGAAAUUUAUAAAGAUACUGCCAUUUGAUUUUUAAAACAACUUUAUUAAGAUAUAAUUCACCUAGUAUAUAGUUCACCCAUGUGAAGUUUCUUAGUAUAUUCUUAGUAUAUUCACAGAGUUGUGUAGCCAUCGCCACCAUCAAUUUUAGAACGUUUUUAUGACCCUGAAAAGAAACCGCAUCCCUAAGCCAUCAUCGACCAGUUUCCCCCUUUUUACUCAGCUCUAGGGAACCACCAGUCUCCUUUGUUUGUAUAGAUUUGUCCACUCUGGAAUUACACAAUAUGUGGUCUUUUGCAACUAUUUGUUUCAGUUAGCAUAAAAUUUUUAAGGGUUUUCUGUGUGGUAGCAGGUAUCAGUACUUAAUUUCUUCUUAUUGCUGAGUAAUACUUCAUUGUAUAAAUACACCAGUCAUUUUAUUUAUUCAUUCAUGAAUUGAUAGACCAUUGGGUUGUUUCCAGUUUGGGCUGUUAUUAACAAAGCUGCUGUGCACUUUGAUAUAAAAGUGCUUGUGUUUGCAUAUGUUUUCAUUUCUGUUGGAGUUAUACUUAUGAGUGGAAAUGUUGGGCCAUGUGUUAACCCUUUGAGAAGCUGCCAGUCUGUUUUCCAAAGUGGCUGCACCAUUUCACAUUCUUAUCAGCAUUGUGAGGGGGUUCUAAUUUCCCCACAUCCUUGCCAAAAUUUCACAUAUUUUUGAUUGAGAAAAGAUUUUAUUCUAGUAGUGCAAUGUGGUACUUUACUGUGGUUUUAAUUUGCAUUUUUUGAUGACUAAUGAUUUUAAGCAUCUUUUUAUGUGCUUAUAAACCAUUUGUAUAUCUUCUUUGGAGAAAUAUCUAUUCAAAUCCUUCGCCCAUUUUUAAAUUGUCCUUUUAUUUCUAAAUUUUAAGAGUUAGUAUUAUAUCCUAGCUGUAAGUCCCUUAUCAGAUAUAUGAUUUUUUCAAAUAUUUACUUCUAUUAAAUGGCCUUCAUCUUUAAUUUCCUGAUGGCGUCUGUUCAAGUUCCAAAUUUUGAUCAAGUCCAGUUAAUCUAUUUUUCCUUUUGGUGUUACGUCUAGGAAGCCACUGGCAAAUGCGGUCACAAAGAUUUAUGCCUAUGUCUUCAUCUAAGAAUUUUAUAGUUUUAGCUCUUACAUUUAGCUAUUUUAUUUUGAAUAAAUGUUUAGAUAUGGCAUUUGGUGAGACAAUACCAUUUGUUGAAAAUGUUAUUCUUUUCUCAUUUGUUUUUAAACUAUUGUUGAAAAUCAAUUGAACACAAAUGUACAGAUUUAAUUUUGAAUUCUCAAUUUUAAUAAGUUGGUCUCUGUCUAUUCUUGUUCACUAACAUGUCUUGUUCAAUUUGUAUGAUACAGAGCAACAUUUUGUUACAUAUUAAAAUGAAAUGGUCUUACCUUCUUCAUACAGACAGGUUCAAAGUAAGGUAAAGUGGAAAUUGUACUUAAUUUCUUAACAUUCAGAGGACAUAUUUGUUUCAUUACUGAGAAGAUUAUAGUUUCAUAAUCGUCUCUUUAUUUCCUCAUUGAGGAAAUGAACAUAAACAUUGAAUACGAAAUUGAUUAAUAAAUACUCAAAGCUGCUUAUCUCUUAGGAUUUCAGUGAAUUGAAAUCAGAUCAAAUAUCUGAUUUUGGUUGGAAAAUCAAAUAUUUCUAGUUUUUUUUUCAUCUUUAAAAUUAACUUAAACUUUAAGUUCUGGAGUACAUGUGCAGCACAUGCAGGUUUGUUACAUAGAUAUACAUGUGCCAUGGUGGUUUGCUGCACCCAUCAACCUGUUAUCUACCUUAGAUAUUUGUCCUAAUGCUAUUCCUCCUAUAGUCCCCACCUCCUGAAAGGCCCUGGUAGGUGAUGUUCCCCUCACUGUGUCCAUCUGUUCUCAUUGUUCAACUCCCACUUUUGAGUGAGAGCAUGCAGUGUUCUUGUGUUAGUUUGCUGAGAAUGAUGGUUUCCAGUUUCAUCUAUGUCCCUGCAAAGGACAAGAACUCACACUUUUUUACAGCUGCGUAGUAUGCCAUGGUGUAUAUGUGCCACAUUUUGUUUUUAUCCAGUCUAUCACUGAUGGACAUUUGGGUUGGUUCCAAGUAUCUGCUAUUGUGAACAGUGCCGCAAUAAACAUACGUGUGCAUGUCUUUAUAGUAGAAUGAUUUAUAAUCCUUUUGAUAUAUACCCAGUAAUGGGAUUGCUGGGUCAAAUGGUAUUUCUAGUUCUAGAUCCCUGAGGAAUCACCACACUGUCUUCCACAAUGGUUGAACUAAUUUGCACUCCCACCAAUAGUGUAAAAGUGUUCAUUUCUCCACAUUCUCUCCAGCAUCUGUUGUUUCCUGACUUUUUAAUAAUUGCCAUUCUAACUGGUAUGAGAUGGUACCUCAUUGUGGUUUUGAUUUGCAUUUCUCUAAUGACCAGUGAUGAUGAGUUUUUUUUUCCAUAUGUUUCUUGGCUGCAUAAAUGUCUUCUUUUGAGAAAUGUCUGUUCAUAUCCUUUGCCCAUUUUUUUUUAGAUUUGUUUAAGUUCUCUGUAGAUCCUGCAUAUUAGCCCUUUGUCAGAUGGAAAGAUUACAAAAGUUUUCUUCCAUUCUUUAGGUUGCCUGUUCACUCUGAUGACAGUUUCUUUUGCUGUGCAGAAGCUCUUUUGUUUAAUUAGGUCCCAUUUGUUAAUUUUGGCUUUUGUUGCCAUUGCUUUUGGUGUUUUAGUCAUGAAGUCUUUGCUCAUGCCUAUGUCCUGAAUGGUAUUGCCUAGGUUUUCUUCUGGGGUUUUUGUGGUUUUAGGUCUUACGUUUAAGUCUUUAAUCCAUCUGGAGUUAUUUUUUGUAUCAGGUGUAAGGAAGGGAUCCAGUUUCAGUGUUCCACAUAUGGCUAGCCAGUUUUCCCAACACCAUUUAUUAAAUAGGGAAUUUUUUCCACAUUGCUAGUUUUUGUCAAGUUGGUUAAAAAUCAGAUGGUGGCAUUAUUUUUGAGGCCUCUGUUCUGUUUCAUUGCUAUAUAUAUCUGUUUUGGUACCAGUACCAUGCUGUUUUGGUUAGUAUAGUUUGAAGUCAGGUAGUGUGAUGCCUCAAGCUUUGUUCUUUUUGCUUAGGAUUGUCUUGGCUGUGCAGGCCCUUUUUGGUUGCAUAUGAAAUUUAAAGUAGUUUUCUCCAAUUCUGUGAAGAAAGUCAAUGGGAGCUUGAUGCUGAUAGCAUUGAAUCUAUAAAUUACUUUCAGUAGUAUGGUCAUUUUCUUUCUCUCUUUUUUUUUGAAUUGUACUUUAGGUUCUGGGGUACAUGUGCAGAUCAUGCAGGAUUGUUGCAUAGGUACACACAUGGCAAUGCGGUUUGUUGCCUACAUUUCCCCAUCACCUACAUCUGGCAUUUCACCCCAUGUUGUUCCUCCCUGACAUCCCUAUCCUCCUACUGACCCUACCUUGGCCCCCCAAAUGGACCCCAGUGUGUGAUGCUCUCCUCCCUGUGUCCAUGUGUUCUCAUUGUUCAACACCUGCCUAUGAGUGAGAACAUGCAGUGUUUGAUUUUCUGUUUUUGUGUUUGUUUGCUGAGAAUUAUGGUUUCCAGAUUCAUCCAUGUCCUUACAAAGGGCAACAACUCAUUUUUUAUGGCUGCAUAGUAUUCCAUGGUGUAUGUGUGCCACAUUUUCCUUGUCCAGUCUAUCAUUGAUGGGCAUUUGGGUUGGUUCCAGGUCUUUGCUAUUGUAAACAGUGCCGCUGUGAACAUACAUGUUCAUGUGUCUUUAUAACAGAAUGAUUUAUAAUCCUUUGGAUAUAUAUCCAGUAAUGGGAUUGCUGGGUCAAAUAGAAUUUCUAUUUCUAGGUCCUUGAGGAAUCAACACUGUCUUCCACAAUGGUUGAACUCAUUUACACUGCCACCAACAGUGUAAAAGUGUUCUUAUUUCUCCACAUCCUCUCCAGCAUCUGUUGUCUCCAGAUUUUUUAAUGAUCUCCAGUAUGGCCAUUUUCAAGAUACUGAUUCUUUGUAUCCAUGAGCAUGGAAUGUUUUUCCAUUUGUUUCUGUCUUCUCUUAUUUCCUUGAGUAGUAAUUUUUAGUUCUUUUUGAAGAGGUCUUCCACUUCCUUUGUAAGUUAUAUUCCUAGGUAUUUUAUUGACUUUGUAGCAAUUAUGAAUGGGCAUUCACUCAUGAUUUGGCUCUGUCUGUCUAUUAUUGAUGUAUAGGAAUGCUUGUGAUUUUUGCACAUUGAUUUUGUAUCCUGAGACUUUGUGAAGUUGUUUACAGCUUAAGGAGAUUUUGGGCUGAGACUAUGGGGUUUUCUAGAUAUACAGUCAUGUUAUCUGUGAACAGAGACAAUUUUUCCUGAUCAAAUACCCUUCCUUUCUUUCUUUUGCCUGAUUGCCCUGGCCAGAACUUCCAAUACUAUGUUGAAUAAGAAUGGUGAGAGAGGGCAUUUUUGUCUCAUGCCAGUGUUCAAAGGGAAUGCUUCCAGUUUUUGCCCAUUCAGUAUGAUAUUGGCUAUGGGUUUGUCAUAAAUAGCUCUUAUUAUUUUGAGAUACAUUCGGUCAAUACAUAGUUUAUUGACAGUUUGUAGCACGAAGGGCUGUUGAAUUUGUUGAAGUCCUCUCCUGCAUCUACUGAGAUAAUCGUGUUUUUUGUCAUUGGUUUUGUUUAUGUGAUGAUUUAUGUUUAUUGAUAUUCAUAUGUUGAAGCAGCCUAGCAUCCCAGGGAUGAUGCCAGCUUGAUUUUAGUUUUUUCAUCUUUUAUACUUUGUGAACUCACAAGAUUUGAGACAGGUAUUAGUUAAUUUAAAAAGUUUAUUUUGCCAAGGUUUGAGGACACACCCAUGGCACAGUCUCAGGAAGUCCUAAUGAUAUGUUCCCAAGGUGGUCAGGGCACAGCUUAGUUUUACGCAUUUUAGGAAGACAUGAGACAUCAAUCAGUGUAUGUAAGAAGUACACUGGUUUCGUCUGGAAAGAUGGGAAAACCUGAAGCAAAGGGAGGAAAACUUGAAGUGGUGAGGAAGCUUUCAGGUCACAGAUAGUUAUCCACAAAGGGUUACAUUCUUUCGAGUUUCUGAUUAGCCUUUCCAAAGGUGGCAAGUCAGAUGUGCAUCUAUCUCAGUGAGCAGAGAGGUGACUUUGAAAAGAAUGGGAGGCAGUUUGCCCUAAGCAAUUUCCAGCUUGAGUUUUCCUUAGUGAUUUUGGGGGCCUGAGAUUUUUUCCUUACACAACUUCAAAUUAUAUAUUUUCUUUCAUCCUCACCAUCUUUAUUCUAUAACUUGAACAAAUUCUAAAAAGGCUCAUUUGCUUAGUUAUCAGAAUAUGUAAUUGAAGAAAACUUUAGAAAAACCUUUUCCUCAAUAGUUAAUAUGCCUUUCUCCUAACUGUCUGCUGCUUCUCAUUAGUAUUAUUUGUUGUUAAUAAAUUAAAGAUUUAUUAAUUCCUACUUUAAAGGGCAUUAAUUUCUGGUGUUUAAGUUAUUGUUUCUUGCUGUCUCUUUGUUUAAAUCAAAUUUUCUGUUUAUUUUUCCCUAACAAAUUACCCAAAGUUUAGUCACUGAAAACAUUUAUUUAGUUCAGCAAUGUGUGGGUUGGGAAAAGCUUGGCCAGUACAGCUUUUUUUUGUUCUCCUGAGAUUCACUUGGGAUGAAUCAGAGGUUGGAAGACUGGAAUCAUCUGAAGACUUGUUCCCUAACAGUCUGGUUGUUGACGAUGGCACUGACUGAAACUGUACUUGGGGCAGGCAGAGAACACUGGAACUUCUAGGUUCUCUUUGUGGCCUGAGCUUUCUCACCACAUGGGGGCUAAGUUCGAAGGACAAGCAGUAUGAGGUAGGGGCCUUUUCUAACUUAAUGUUGGAAGGCACAUGAUAAUCACUUUUGCCACAUUUCUUCAUUAGCGGCAACUCACUAGGGUUGGUCCACAGUCUACUUCUUUAUAGGAUCAUUUCUUCUUCUAUUUUUAUUAUUUAUCUAUAUAUCUAUAUUAGAGAUGGGGUCUCACUAUGUUACCCAAGCUGACCUUCAACUCCUGGGCUCAAGGGAUCCUCCCACUUCAGCCUCCCAAGUUGCUGUGACUACAGGCAUGUUACUCCAUGCCUGGCUUUCUUUUAUAUUCUGUGGUCAUGUAUAUUUGUACAUAUUUAUAGGAUACACAAUAAUAUUUUGUUACAUAUAAACAAUGUAUAAUCAUAAAAUCAGACUAAUUAUUAUAUCCAGCCCCUCAAUCAUUUACCAUUCUUUUUUUGUGAACAUUCAGAAUCCUCGAUUCUUGCUUUUAAAAAUAUGCAAUAAAUCAUAGUUAAUCAUAUUCACCAUACAAUGCCACAGAACAAUAAGGUUCAUUCUAUCGAGUGAUAAUUUGUAUCCAUUAGCCAACCUCACCCCAUAUCCCACUUCCCUCAUUUCCCAGCCUUUAAUAUCCACAAUUCUAUUCUCUAUUUCCAUGAGUUCAAUUUUUAAAAAUUUUGGCUCCCACAUGAGUGAGAACGUACAGUAUUUGUUCUUCCGUGCCUGACUUAUUUUACUUAACAUAAUGUCCUCUGAGGUCAUCUAUGUUGCUGAGAAUGUUAUAAUUUUAUUCUCUUUUAUGGCUGAAUAGUAUUCCAUUGUGUGCAGAUACUGCAUUUUCUUUAUGCAUUCAUCUGUUGAUAUCCAUUUAGGUAAAUUCCAUAUCUUAAUAAUUAUAAAUAAUGAUAUAAUCAAAAUGGCAGUGCUGGUAUUUCUUUGAUACAUUUAUUUUCUUUCUUUUUGAUAAAUACUAGUGGGAUUGCUGGAUUAUAUGAUAGUUCUAUUUUUAGUUUUUAAGAAACCUUCACACUGUUUUCCUUAAUGGCUGUACUAAUUUACAUUGCCUUUGUCAGUGCAUAAGAGUUUCCUUUUUUUCUGCAACCUCACCAGCAUUAUUACUUUCUGUCUUUUUGAUAGUAGCCAUUCUAACUGUAGUGAGAUAUCUCAUUGCAGGUUUAUUUCAUUUUCCUGAUGAUUACUAUGUUUUUUUUCAUAUAUUUGUGGCCAUUCAUACAUCUUCUUUUGAGAAAUGUCCAUUCAGAUCUUUUGCUCAGUUUUUAUUCAGAUUAUUAACUUUGUUUUUUCUGUUGAGUUGUCUGAGUUCCUUGAAUACUGUGAUUUUUAGACACUUUUCAGAUGGAUAGAUUGCAAAUAUUUUCUUCCAUUCUUCAUGUUGUCUCUUCACUCUGUUGGUUGUUUACUUUGCUACGAAGAAACUUUAAUUUUAAUAUAGUCUCAUUUGUCUAUUUUUCACUGUGCUUUUGAUGUUUUAGUCACCACAUCUUUGCCUAGACAAUGUACUGAAACAUUUCCCCUAUGUUCUCCUCUAGUAGUUCUAUAAUUUUGGGUCUUAUGUUUGUCUUUAAUCCAUUUCUAGUAGAUUUCUUUAUAUGGUAAAACAUAGAGAUCUAGUUUCAUUCUUCUGAUAUCCAGUGUCCCCACCCUUACUUGUGCAGGAAAUUGGUUAGAAUUGUGGGAGAAAUUUUAGAAAACACAAACCUUCUUGGAAGGCCAGAAGGUUUUGCAAAAGCCUGGGAAGAAGGUUAUGGCUGAAAGCAGCAUAAUCCUCUUACCUUAAGCUAAUAGCAUAGAGCAGAUAACAAAGAAACGUACAGGAGUUUAUCUAACUAGCUUAUUUACUCAUGUGGUCUUAAGACUGAUCUUUGAUCUUCCCUGGGUGCAUGACUGCUCUCUACUGGGGGGGAGGGGUGUUGGCAAUGCUAAUUACCUUCUUAUGGUGUUUACUUGAGACCUUUGUCAUUUAAUCUGUACUAAAUAAAUGUGAACAUGGCCAGUUUUGUGGGGGCACUGCUGACUUUGACAGUGGGCCCCUGGCCACACUGACUAGCAAGCCUGUGUCAGUGUAAGUAUUUUAUCCAUCGCUUGGUUGAGUCUGCCAGUUGGACUUGACAAUUUGUUGAUGAGAAUGUUGUUUCCCCAGUGGAUGUUCUUGACACUUUUAUAAAAAAAAAUCAGAUAGCUGUAAAUAUGUGAAUUAAUUCCUGGGUUCUCUAUUCUUUGUGUUGGUGUGUGAAUAGAUUGCAAAUAAAAAUUUGUUUUUAUACCAAAACUAUGUGUUUUGGUUACUGUAUUCUUGAUAUAAUUUGAAGUUAGGUAGAGUGAUGCCUACAGGUUUUUUCCUCAGGAUUGGUUUGGCUAAUGUGACCCGUUUUUGGUUUCAUAUCAGUUUUAGAGUCAUUUUUCCUAACACUGUGAAAAAAUGAUGUUGGUAGCUUGAUAGAAUAGUGUUGAAUCUGUAGAUUUCCUUGGGCAGUAUAACCAUUUUGAUGAUACUCAUUCUUACAAUCCAUGAGCAUUGAUUUUUUUCAUUUGUUUGUUUAAUUUCUAAUUUCUUUCAGCAGUGUUUAUAUUUCUUCUUGUAAAAAUCUUUUAUUUAUUUGGUCAGAUGCAUUUCCAGGCAUUUUAUUUUUUGUGACUAUUUGUAAAUGGGAUUGUGUUCUUUCUUUGGCUUUCACCCAAAACAUUAUUGGUAUAUAGAAAUUCUGCUGAUAUUUGUACAUUGAUUUGUAGCUAGAAACUUUGCUGAAAUUGUUAUCAGGUCUACGAGCCUUUUGAUAGUCUUUAGGGUUGUCUAGGUGUGCAAUCAUAUCAUAUCAUUCAUUGUCUAUGUGUGCAGUCAUAUCAAUUGCAUCAUAAAAGAGAUAGUUUGGGCCGGGCGCGGUGGCUCAAGCCUGUAAUCCCAGCACUUUGGGAGGCCGAGGCGGGUGGAUCACGAGGUCAAGAGAUCAAGACCAUCCUGGUCAACAUGGUGAAACCCCGUCUCUACUAAAAAUUACAAAAAAUUAGCUGGGCAUGAUGGUGCGUGCCUGUAAUCCCAGCUACUCAGGAGGCUGAGGCAGGAGAAUUGCCUGAACCCAGGGGGCGGAGGUUGCAGUGAGCCGAGAUUGCGCCAUUGCACUCCAGCCUGGGUAACAAGAGCGAAACUCCGUCUCAAAAAAAAAAAAAAAAAAAGAGAUAGUUUGACUUUUUCAGGUCUGUUUGGAUGCUUUUAAUUUUUUUCUCCUGCCUGAUUGCCCUGGCUAGGACUUCUAGUGCUACGUUUAAUAGGAAUGGAGAGAGUGGGCAUCUUUGUCCUGUUUUAGUUCUGAAGGAAAAUGGUUCCAAGUUUAGCCCAUCGAGUAUGAUGUUGGCUGUGGGUUUGUCAUAGGUGGCUCUCCUUUUGAGAUAUGUUCCUUUGAUACCUAAUUUGUUGAAGGUUUUGGUCAUGAAGGAAUAUUGGGGUCUCCUGAAAGCUUUUCCUGAAUCUGUUAAGAUAAUCAUAUGGUUUUAAAAAAUUCUGUUUAUGUGGUGAAUCACAUUUGUUACUUUGUAUAUGUUGAGCCAACUUUGCAUUCCAGGAAUAAAUCCUGUUAGAUUGUAGAAAAGUGAAUUGUGAUAUGUUGCAGGAUUUGGCUGUUUAAUGUUUUGUUGAGAAUUUUUGUGUUUAUGUUCAUCAGAGAUAUUGGCCUGCAUUUUUCUUUAUUCAUUGCAUCUUUCUCAGCUUUUAAUAUCAAGAUUAUGCUGUUUUCAUAGAUUGAGUUAGGGAGGAGUCCCUCAAACUCCAUAGUUUGGAAUAGUUUCAGUAGGAUUGGUAACAGAUCUUCUUUGUAUGUCUGGUAGAAUUUGGCUCCGAAUCCAUUGGGUCCAGGGCUUUUUCUUUGGUUACUAGGUUUCUAAAUUACUGAUUCAAUUUCAGAACUUGUUAUUGUCUGUUCAGGAUUUUAAUUUCUCCUUGGUUCAAUCUUGGGAGGUUUUGUAUUUCUGGGAAUUUAUUCAUUUUCUCUUGACUUCCUAGUUUCUGUGCAUAGAGGUGUUCAUAAUAGUCUCUGAUGAUAUUUUAUAUUUCUGUGGGAUCCAUUGUAAUGCCAUCUUUGUCAUUUAUGAUUUUGCUUAUUUGGAUCUUCUCUAUUUUUUCUUUGUUAAUGUUGCUGUCUAUCUAUUGAUCUUGUUUAUUCUUCAAAGAACAAACUUUUGGUUUUGUUGAUUAUUUCUAAGGAUGCUCAUGUCUCAGAUUUAUUCAGUUUUGCUCUGGUUUUAGUUAUUUAUUUGUUGGUGUUUUGCUUACAUUCUUACUGUGUAUUUUGUAUGUUGCUGGCCCCAACCCUGGAGUGAUCACUUCUCUAAAAGCCCUGAAUCCUUUUACUAGAGAAUGGUAUUCAGAAACCAAGAUCUGGGUGCCAGGUUUUCUGGGUGUCAGAUACUCUCAGCAAAGACAUAUAUGUAUAUGUACUGAUCUAUGUAGACGCACAUAUCUAUAUUUCUGUAUCCAUGUAUCUGUAUCUAUAUUUUUUUAAAAUAUGGAUCUUUGCUCAUAUGUUUUUUAAAAAAAAUAAAAUUAUUUGUUUAGAGACAGGGUCUCACUCUGUUGUCCAUGUUGGAGUUCUGUGGUGCAAUCAUGGCUCACUGCAGCCUCAAACUUACGAGCUCGAGUGAUCCUCCUGCCUCAAUCUCCCAAGUAGCUAGGACUACAGGUACAUGCCACCAUGCCUGGCUAUAUUUUUUUAGUUUUUAUGGAGACUGGGUCUUGCUAUGUUGCACAAGUUUGCUUCAACUUUUGGUCUAAAGCAAUUCUCCUUCCUCAGCUUCCCAAAGUGUUUUACAGGUAUGGACCAUCAUGCCUGAACUUGGUACCUUAUUUUGAGAGCCCCCAGCUAAACUGGGGUUCCAGUACCAGUUUACCUAGCAACUCUACCCCAACAGGAUAUGAAGGGGAGAUGGAUGUGGGUGUUUACAGUAUGCCUUUCAUGGGAUACUUCUUUUACCUGGACGAUGGUAUAAGGCCUAGUUGCCUGACCUGAGUGGGGGUCCCUCACAUGGUAAAUUGGUUUAUUUUAUUCUUAUUGUUAUUAUUUUUAAAUUUAAUUUUUAAAUUGAGGCACAUGUGCAGAACAUGAUGGUUUGUUACAUAGGUAUACACGUGCCAUGGUGGUUUGCUGCACCCAUCAACCUGUCAUCUACAUUAGGUAUUUCUCCUAAUGCUAUCCCUCCACGAACCCCCAACUCCCAACAGGCCCUGGUGUGUGAUGUUCCCCUUCUUGUGUCCAUUUAUUCUCAUUGUCCAACUCCCACUUAUGAGUGAGGACAUGUGGUUUGGUUUUCUGUUCUUGUGUUUGUUUGCUGACAAUGAUGGUUUCUAGCUUCGUCCAGGUGACAUGAAUUCAUCCCUUUUUAUGGCUGCAUAGUAUUCCAUGGUGUACAUGUGCCACAUUUUCUUUAUCCAGUCUAUCACUGAUGGAUAUUUGGGUUGGUUUCAAAUAUUUGCUCUUGUGAACAGUGCCACAGUAAACAUACAUGUGCAUGUGUUUUUAUAGUAGAAUGAUUUAUAAUCCUUUGGAUAUCUACACAGUAAUGGGAUUGCUGGGUCAAAUGUAUCUCUAGUUCUAGAUCCUUGAGGAAUUGCUACACUGUCUUCCACAAUGGUUGAACUAAUUUACGCUCCCACCAAUAGUAUAAAAGUAUUUCUGUUCUCCACAUCCUGUCCAGCAUUUGUUGUCUCCAGACUUUUUAAUGAUUGUCAUUCUAACUGGUGUGAUCUGGCAUCUCAUCGUGGUUUUGAUUUACAUCUCUGUAAUGAGCAGUGAUAAUGAGCUUUUUUUCAUGUUUGUUGGCUGCAUAAAUUUCUUCUGAGAAGUGUCUGUACAUAUCCUUUGCCCACUUUUUGAUGGGGUUGUUUGUUUUUUUCUUGUAGAUUUGUUUAAGUUCUUUGUAGAUUCUGGAUAUUAUCCCUUUGUCAGAAAGAUAGAUUGCAAAAAUUUUCUUCCAUUCUGUAGGUUGCCUGUUCAUUCUGAUGAUAGUUUCUUUUGCUGUACAGAAGCUCUUUAGUUUAAAUAGGUCCCAUUUGUCAAUUUUGGCUUUUGUUGCCGUUGCUUUGGUGUUUUAGUCAUGAAGUCUUUGCCCAUGCCUAUGACCUGAAAUGGCAUUACCUACAUUUUCUUCUGGGGUUUUUAUGGUUUUAGGUCUUAUGUUUAAGUCUUUAAUCCAUCUGGAGUUAAUUUUUGUAUAAGUUGUAAGGAAAGGGUCCGGUUUCAGUUUUCUGCAUAUGGCUAGCCAGUUUUUACAACACCAUUUAUUAAAUAAAGAAUUAUUUCUCCAUUGCUUGUUUCUGUCAGGUUUGUCAAAGAUCAGAUGGUUGUAGAUAGGUGGUGUUAUUUCUGAGACCUCUGUUCUGUUCCAUUGGUUUAUAUAUCUGUUUUUGUACCAGUGCCAUGCUGUUUUGUAUGGCAUGGUGUUUUGGUACCAGUGCCAUGCUGUAGCAUUGUAGUAUAGUUUGAAGUCAGAUAGUGUGAUGCCUCAAGCUUUGCUCUUUUUGCUUAAGAUCAUCUUGCCUAUAUGGGCUCUUUUUUGGUUCUAUAUGAAAUUUAAAAUAGUUUUUUCUUAUUCUGUGAAGAAAGUCAAUGGCAGCUUGAUGGGGGCAUAGCAUUGAAUCUAAAAAUUACUUUGAGCAGUGUGGCCAUUUCACAAUAUUGAUUCUUCCUAGUCAUGAGUAUGGAAUGUUUUUCCAUUUGUUUGUGUCCUCUCUUAUUUCCUUGAGCAGUGGUUUGUAGUUCUCCUUGAAAAAGUCCUCCACAUCCCUUGUAAGUUGUAUGCUGUAGCAGUUGUGAAUGGGAGUCCAGGGGAGUGAAGGGUUGUAUCUCACUGGCAUUUCAGGUGCCACUGGCGUAUGAAAAAAACUCCUGCAGCUAGCUCAAAUGUCUGCCCAAAUGGCUUCCAAUUUUGUGCUUGAAACCCAGGGCCCUGAUGGCAAAGGCACCAGAGGGAAUCUCUUGGUCUGUGGGUUGCAAAGCCCCUGGGAAAAGCAUAGUAUCUGGCUGUAGUGCACCAUUCCUCACGUCACAGUCUCUCAUGGCUUCCCUGGGUUAGGGGAGGUGUUACCUUGACCCCUUGUGCUUCCUGGGUGAGGUGACUCCCCACCCUGCUUUGGCUUGGCCUCUGCGGGCUGCAUCCAUUGUCUAACCCAUGCCAGUGAAAUGUGCUGGGUACCUCAGUUGCAAAUGCAGAAAAUACCUGCCUUCUAUGUUGUUCUUGCUGGGAGCUGCAGACCGGAGCUGUUCCUAUCGGCCCUCUUGCCUGGGAAACUAAUUUUAGUUAUUUCUUUUCUUCUGCCACUUUGAGGUUAUUUGGUUCUUGUUUUGCUAGUUCUGGUAGAUGUGAUUUUAAGUUCUUAACUUGAAACCUAACAUCUUGAUGUCUGUAUUUAAUGGUAUGUAAUUUUUUCUUCACACUGCUUUUGUGUAUUUCAGAGAUUUUGGUAUGUUCCAUCUCUGUUUUUAUUUAUUUUCAAGAUUUUUAAAUAUUUGUCUUUAUUUUGUUCUUUACCCAAAAGUAAUUCAGGAGCAAUUUGUUUAAUUUUCAUAUAAUUUUGUGACAUUGAGAGAAAUUCUUGUUAUGGGUUUUGAUUUUUAUUCCACUAGGGUUUAAGAUUAGGCUUUGUAUGCUUUCAGUUAUUUAUUUAUUUAUUUAUUGAAAUGGGGUUUCUCCAUGUCGGCCAGGCUGGUCUUGAACUCUCGACCUCAGGUGAUCUGCCUGCCUCAGCCUCCCAAAGGGCUGGGAUUACAGGUGUGAGCCACCGCACCUGUCCCUGUUUUUUUUUUUUUUUUUAAUGCAUUGAGACUUGCUUUAUGGCUCAACAUGUGGUCGAUUUCAGCAUGUGUUUUCUAUGCAGAUAAGAAGAAGGUACAUUCUGUGGUUGUUGGGGGGAGGAUUCUGUAAGGGUCAAUUAAGUUCAAUAGGUGAAAUGUCAAAUUUAAUUCUAGAAUGUCUUUGUUACUUUUCUGUGUUAGCAAUUUGUCUAAUGCUGCCAAUGAGGUGUUGAAGUCUGUAUUAUUGUGUGGCUAUCUAAGUGUUUUCUUUUUUUUUUUUUGAGAUGGAGUCUUGCUCUGUCUCCCAGGCUGAAGUGUAGUGGUGCAAUCUCGGCUCAUUGCAACCUCUGCCUCCUGGGUUCAAAUGAUUCUCCUGCCUCAGCCUCCUGAGUAGCAGGGAUUACCGGUGUGCACCACCACACCAGGAUGAUUUUUGUAUUUUUGGUGGAGAUGGGGUUUCACCAUGUUGGUAGAGCAGGUCUUGAACUCCUGAUCUCGUGAUCUGUUUGCCUUGGCCUCCCAAAGUGCUAUGAUUACAGGUGUGAGCCACCGUACCCAGCCAUCUAAGUCUUAUCAUAGAUCUGGAAGUACUUGUUUUAGAAAUUUGAUGCUACAAGUUUGGGUGCCUAUAAUUAAAAAUAUUUAUGCCUUUUUGUUGAAUUGAGUUCUUUUAUUAUUGUGUAUAAUUCUUUAUCAUCUUCUUCUUUGUCCUUUUUAAAAACUGUUGUUGGUUUAAAGUCUGCUUAAUCUGAUGUAAAAGUAGUGACACUUGCUUUUUUUGUUUUCCAUUUGCAUGCUAGAUCUUAGUUUAUGCCUUUACUUUGAGCCUGUUGGUGUAAUUAUAUGUGAGAUGGGUCUUUGGAAGACAGCAGAUGGUUGGUUCUUGAUUUUCUUUAAUCCAACUUGCCAGUCUGUGCCUUCUAAGUGGGAUGGAUUAUUUUAUCCAAGGCUAAUAAUUAUAUGUCAGAUUUUAUUCUGCCAGGAUGUUGUUAUCUGGUUGCUUUGUAGCUUUAUAAGGUCUGUGAGCCACAUGCUUAUAUGUGUUUCUGUGGUCUCUUGGUCUUUCGUUUCCAUGUUUAGAACUCCCUCAAGGAUCUCUUGGAGGGCUGGUCUAAUGGUAUUAAAUUCCGUUAGCAUUUGUUUGUCUGGAAAAGAUUUUUUUCUCCUUCACUUAUGAAGCUUAGUUUGAGAGGAUAUAAAAUUUGGGGUUUGAAUUUCUUUAAGCAUGCUAAAAGUAGGCCAACACUCUUCUGGCUUGUAUUGCUGACAAGUCUGCUGUUAGCUUGAUGGGGUUCCUUUUGUAUAUGAUCUGACCCUUUUCUCUCGCAGCCAUAAGAUUUUCAUGUUGACUUUUGGAUCCUUUCACUAUGUAUCUUUGGAAUGACCAUCUUGUAUAGUAUCUUAUCUCUGAAUUUCUUGAAUUUGCAUAUCAACUUCUCUAAUGAGUUUGGGGAAGAUUUUGUGGACUAUAUUCUCAAAUAUGUUUUCCAAAUUUCUUACUCUUUCUCCGCAAUGCCAACAAGUCAUAGUUUGUUAUUUUCAUCUGAUUGGGUUGAUUCAAAGGUCCAGAUUUCAAGCCCUAUAAUUUUCCCCUCUGCUUGGUCUAGUCUGCUGUCGAGGCUUCCAAUUGUAUUUUGAAAUCCCUAUAGUGAGUUGUUCAAUCCAACAAGCUCAGUUUUCUUCUUUCUUAAAAUGGAUAUGUUCUCUUUCAACUCUUGAAUUAUUUUACUGGCUUUCUUGGUUAGGUUUCAGCUUUCCCUUGGAUCUCAUUGUGCUUCCUUGCCAUCCAGAUUCUGGAUUCUAUGACUGUAAUUUCAGCAUUUCCAUCUGGUUAGAAUCCACUGCUGAGGAGCUAAUGUGAUCCUAUGGAGGUUGGAAAACACUGACUUUUUGAAUUGUUGGACUUCUUUCACAGAUGCUUUCUCGUCUGAGAGGGCCGGUGUUUAUCUUUUUGAAAUUGCUGUCAUUUGGAUAGGAAUUUUUGUUUUUAUAUUCUUAUUCUUCCCUUCAGAUUUUGACUGUUGUGCAUGUUGUAUACAGUUCAUUGGUUUAGUCUCUGGGUUCUUUCAGAAGGCCAAGGCUGUUUAUGAAUUUCUUUUCUUUGAGAUAAAGUUUUGUUCUUGUCACCCAAGCUGAAGUGCAAUGGUUUGAUCUCGGCUCACUAUAACUUCCACCUCCUGGGUUCAAGUGAUUCUCCUGCCUCAGCCUCCCAAGGAGCUGGGAUUACAGGCACCUGCCACUACCCCUGGCAAUUUUGUGUAUUAGUAGAGAUGGGGUUUCACCAUGUUGGCCAGGCCAGUCUUGAACUCCUGACCUGAGGUGAUUCACCUGUCUUGGCCUUCCAAAAUGCUGAGAUUGCAGGCAUGAGCCACCCUCCACACCUGGCCUCUAUGGAUUUCUUAAUUAUGGAUAGUUUCUGUAUUGGUUUUCACCGACUAAUUGUGUUGAGGGAAUUUAUUUUUGUUUGGUGGUGUAAUUCUGACUUCAUUCCCAUAGAUGGUGCUUUGGAGUAAGGACUGGUAGAUAGGCUCCUCACUCAGGGGCAUAACUCUUUUGUGUAUCAUUGUGUUUGCAGCAAUGGGUAUGUCUGCGGGUGUUUGUAGAUGCUGUGGGUCAAGGGUGAAAGUUUCUUGGGCAGGGUGGGUGGUGCCAUGGAUGUGCAGCUGGUGUGGUGCCCACAGCCUGGAGUUUUUUUGCUCAGCAGUUGGCUUUGAGGACCAUUCAGCUCAUGUUCACUUGACCAGGUUUUCUGUGAUACAUGCUUUUAGGUAAGGCCUGACCAGCUAGUUUUGUCCCAAGCCUUCUGCACCCAAAUCUUUGGGCUUACAUGUUCCAGGCCACAGGUUUUUCUUGGAUGGAGGCUGUGGCCAGCCAACAGGCUAUGGUUUUCCAAGACCAGUCUUGCAGAAGGAGGCACAUCCAGUUCCCUUGCCGGCACAUGAACCUGUGCCUCAUUCUUCUCAGUGUUCUGAGAGUGGGGAGCACCACCUCAACUUGAGCUCAGGCCACAGAUACCAGCUUAAUACCCCUUGACUGUGCACUCAAACCCUGGGAAGCUGGGAUGGGUCUGGUAUUUAUAUUCUCUGGUACCUCAGGGUCAAGCUCUGGCUGUUCUGGAGCAGGAAAACUGCUUUCAGGCUGAGUAGAAAAACACUCAGAUGAGGCAGUUGAGGCUGUGCUAUGUGUACACCCUUGAGAGAGCAACGAGGCAGGAACUGGGGAAGGGAGUGGCACACAAGGAGGUGUGCAGAUCAGAUGCACUUCAGGCCCUCUGAAAAGGCAGCCUGCUAUCUCCUGGUCUGGCUGUCAGGAGGUGGUAGACUGACUCAGAAAGAUGGUGAGCCUUGGGGGAUGGGUAUUUAUUGUCAUAUUUUCCUGCAGCUGCCUCAUGCAUGAAGCCUUUUGGGCUCCAUGCAUGUUCAAGCUCUGCCCCUCCCUAUGCUCUUGGCAGUUCCCCCUGCCAAUUCAAAUGUCUGUGUGUGUUAUGGGAUCUCUUGUAGCUGGAAUCUCAGAGGUCCAUGGAAGGAGUGUGUGACCUACAGUUUCUUCACUCUUUCCUUCCGUAGAUCCAAUUCUGGACCAAAAGCUGGUCCAGGUGACUGGUGACUCCAUCUUGCUUCCUAGCUUCCUUCCUCUUCAACCUCAGUGUCUGCAUUGCCUCUCCAUUUAUUUUGAGUGCUUUUUUUCCUCAAAGUUCUGUUCAAAGUGUGAUGGUUUGCUCAAUAUUUUGUUUUCUGUCUGUGGAAGAGCUGUUUCCUGGCUGCAUCCAGUUGACCAUCUUGUCCCUCAGCUAAAAACAUAAUUUAUAUUUUGAUAUGGUUUGCCUCUCUUUCCCAACCCAAACCUCAUCUCAAAUUAUAAUCCCCAUGUGUAGAAGGAGAGACCUAUAAUCCCCACAUGUUAAGGGAGGGACCUGAUUGGAUCAUGGGGGCAGUUUCCUCCAUGCUGUUCUCAUGAGAGUGAGUGAGUUCUCACGAUAGUGAGUGAGUUCUCACAUGAUCUGGUGGUUUUAUAAGGGUCUCUUUCUCCUUCACUUUCUCCUCUCUCUCCUGCCACCCAUAUAAGUAAGAUGUGCCUGCUUCCCCUUCUGCUGCGAUUGUAAGUUUCCUGAGGCCUCCCCAGCUAUGCAGAACUGUGAGUCCGAUUAAACCUAUUUUUCAUACAUUUUACUCAGUCUUGGGUAGUAUAUUUAUAGCAGUGUGAAAUUGGACUAAUACAUAUUUUAUUGGAUAUCAUAUGUAACCCGUCAAUUCCUUCAGGUAGUAUUUUAACAAUAUUAAUUCUUUAAAUUCAUGAGCAUGGGAUAUAUUUCCAUUUGUUUUUGUCCUCUACCGUUUCUUUCAUCAGUGUUUCAUAGUUUUUCUUACAGGGAAGCUCUGUCACCUCCUUGGUUAAACUUGUUCCUGAGUAGUAUUUUAUUAUUUUUUAGCUGUUGUAAUUGGUGUUAAUUUCUAGUUUUAUUCCAUUGCAGUUUGAGAAGAUGCUUGAUAUGAUUUCAAGUUUUUGAAAUCUGCUAAGACUUGUUUUCUGGUGUAAUAUAUGGUCUAUCCUGGAGAAUGUUCUGUGUGCCCAUGAGAAGAAUGUGUACUCUGCAGCAAUUUGAGGAAAUGUUCUGAGAGUUUCUUUGAGGAGUUUAGGUUGUUCUAUAUAUAGGAUCAGGUCUUGUGCAAAUAGAAACAAUUCGACUUCUUCUUUCCCAAUUUAGAGGCCCUCCAUUUUUUUUCUCACCCAGUUGCUCUGGGUAAGACUUCUAGUGCUGGGUUGAAUACAACUGCUGAAUGUGGGUGUCCUUGCCUUAUGCUGGUUCUUAGAGGAAAGACUUGCAGCUUUUCCUCAGUCAGUGUAAUGUUAGCUGUGGUUUUGCCAUAUAUGUCCUUUGUUGUGUUGAAAUAUGUUCCUUGUAUGCCUAAUUUAUUGGAUUUUUUUUAAUAAUAAAGAUUCAUUAAUUAAGGCUUGUUUUCAAGUCUUCUUCUGGGAGUGAUUUAUUGGCUUAGGUCUGAAUAAUUUAAUAUGGCAUCCCUAACACUCCUUUAGAAAAUGUGGGGAAUGGCAAAGGAUGUGAAGAGGCGGGAGACUUUGUACUAAGAAGUGACUUAGACUAGGUGCUGUGGCUCACGCCUGGAAUCCCAACACUUUGGGAGGCCAAGGUGGGUGGAUCAUGAUGUCAGGAGUUCAAGGCCAGCCUGGCUAACAUCUCUACUAAAAAUACAAAACCCCAUCUGUGAAAUCCUGUCUCUACUAAAAAUACAAAAAAUUAGCUGGACACAGUGGCAGAUGCCUGUAAUCUUAGCUACUUGGGAGGCUAAGGCAGGAGAAUCUCUUGACCCUGGGAGGUGGAGGAUGCAGUGAGCCGAGACCAUGCCACUGUACUCCAGUCUGGGCAACAGAGCAAAACUCCAUUUCAAAAACAAAAAGUGACUUUGAGCCAUUUUAAAGAGGAAAUACAUUAAACAGUUAGGAAAAUGAAAGUCUACUAUCACGUAAAAAUGUAUGGCAAAGGUGAUUGUGAGUAAAACCUAUUUUUGUGAUUCCUUUUGGUUUUAAAUUUGUUUUUGAUAUUCUAAGUAAUUCAAGGAUCCAUAUUUUAAGAAUCUACUGCUAUAGGUAACAUUUUAUUGCAACUGAAUCUAUUUAAAAAAUUAUUCUUUUUAUGUUAGGCUAUUCUAAGUCUUCUUUCUCCAUUACCAAACCACAUUAUUUUACUUACACGGACCGAUCUUACGGAAGCAGUGGAAACUGCAUCUUCAGACGGUCUACAUGUAGAUGAAGAGAUUAAAGUUCUUCUGCAGGCAUUAUUAUCUCUAAAAACAAUGGAAAACAAACAUGAACCACUGCAGAAGGAUGAGGAGAAGUUGGAAGAACUAAUAAACCUCAAAAGUUACAUGGAAAUGAGUAUGUGAGAACAUAGUCCAUUGAAACGCUGUAAAUAGGAGGAUGAAGGAAGAGCAUGCCAGGAGAUAACAGAAGAAUUAGAAAACAUCCGUCAAUUUAUACAGAUACAGAAAAUAUUGCAAGAAAAGUUACAGAGGUUAACAGAGGAAAGCAAUGCUUCCAUGAAAAGUCAGAUGGGACUUAGAAUUAAAGAUCUGAAAUUUGAAGUCUACAAGGCCAAAACUUCACAAGCAGACUACAAUACAACAGAAUUGGAAACAUAUGAGAAACUGUAUCUAGAACAAUUAAAACUGAGAGAAUCUACAUUAGAUGAACUAAGCAAGUAUGGCUCUCUGAGAGACAAGGAUGAAGCAUGAUGUCUAAGACAUGCCAGACUUCAAAAAUACCAGCCAAUUUUAAAUAUAUAUGAUUUUCACCCCUGGACCUCCCUGCACGCCAAAACACAAGAAGUCUCAGAAAUGGUCAGCAUUCACCUUCCCAUCCCAGCAAUCUCCCAGGCAAGAACUGAGGACACUUUCUGGAACUCCAGUCUUGGCAACGUCUCUUGGUGCUGUGACUCGCAUCCUGUCAUGAGACAGUCCAAUGGAGGGGCACUCAUGCUAGGGAGAAUUGGCAGUUUGACUUCACCUCACUUUGUGCCUGUCAAGCAGUUAUGAUGCUGGGGAUCACCAUGUGGCUUCAAUACUCCAUGAUAAAGCUGUAUUACUCAUCUCUGGCAGAGGAAGUUGUAAAGGUCCCAUCAGACACCUGCACCCUUGAGCCCCUCCAGGGUCUCAGACUCCUCUCAAGCAAAGCCAAAAGAAUAAAGAUAAGUAAAUUAGUAAUGCUUUGGCCUGUUACACCAUGAGUCAUAAUACUCCUUGCAAGUUUACUACUCUGAACAAACACCCCCUCCAGGAAAAGGAGGGGCUUGGCAUCACCACAGGUGCCACGAUGGGAAUAGCUGACAUUGGCACUUACUGCUGAACCUACCAAAGCCUGUCUCUGGAAUUGGCUCAAGGGAUAGAAACCACUGCUUGAGCUAUAACAGAGUUACAGUGGCAAGUCAGUUAUCUCACAGCUAUAGUUCUCAAACAUGGUAAAGGUCUUGACAUGCUAGCUGCCGAUCAGGGAGGAACUUGUCUAUGCUUAGAGAAGAGUGCUGAUCUGGAUUAAGACAUCAGGAUAGGCUCAGGAGCACAUUAGAGAUCUCAUAAACCAGGCUUCUCACCUUUGUGAAAGGACUACUGAGGGUUGGCUCUCCUGGGGUGUCAUCUGGUUCUGAUUCUUAUGGCUCCUCCCCUUCCUGGGACCCCAGACCUCUAUCUUCCUUCUUCUCCUUUCUGGGCCUCGCUUCUUGAAUCUACUAAGUUUAUUUCAUCCCAUCUAGAAGCUGUCAGACUUCAGAUGGUCUUGUGACAAGGAUUUCAACCUCUUUCCUACCCUUGAGGACAACCACAUUUCUGCAUGUCUCCUCUGGACACUGUGUGUGAAAUGUUUUGAGAGACAACAACCACGUCUGAAACCUUCUCACCAUGACAGCAAGCAAGGGGAGGGACCUAGAAGACACUUGACACCCCUUUUCAGCAGGAAAUAGUUACAGAAGAAUGACCUCCACCCCAUUUCCCAAAAGAUUUCUGAGUCCCAACUCCUUAAGAAUUCAGUGUUCCAGAAUGUUAACUUCUACAAAUACCUGUAUAUAGAGCAAAAGAGAAGCUCUUCAAGGCAAAUACAGUGUAUGUUGUAUAAGCGGAGCUCUCUAGCCUUGGAUUUGAAACGGUGAUGUUUAUUGUACAGAAAAAAGGCUGGAGUGCAAUGGCAUGAUCUCAGCUCACUGCGACGUUCACUUCCCAGGCUCAAGUGAUUCUUCUGCCUCAGCCUCUCGAGUAGCUGGGAUUACAGAUACUGCUUCUGACCAUCCAAGGGCAAGCACACUCUUCCUGAGAAGUGCAAGGAAAGAGGAGAAGCUUUCGCCUAUAUUCUGCUAUGUCACGGCCGUGUGAAUACAAAGAUCUGCAUCAAGAUGCUGCUGCUAUGACAAGGAUCAUCAGCAUGGAUUUCAUCAGGAUUCAGCAUACUAAUGCCAUCUUAUCUUAAAGAGAGAAAUUAGCAUUAUAAGGUCCUGGACUUGUCAGCUAUAAGGACUACAAAAUAUCACUUCUCCUGCUGAAAAAGACCAGCAAAAUUAGGAUUUUCUUUCUUCAUGUUUUUAUUAAAUAUUUAUUGUUGUUGUUGUUGUUGUUGUUGCUGUUGUUGCUGAUUAGGAUUUUCAUAGAGUGGAGACUUCUUCAAAUAACCACACUGUGAAGCUGGGUGAUGGUGGCAUGAACAGUGGGUGCCAGGUGCUACCUGCCCUUCUUGUUCCACUGAGUCCAGAUGGCAUUCCUAGGGCACCACCUUCUUGAACAACUCUUGGGGAGGAAGACUGUCACAUGGACACAGCACAUCCCAGUCCAGAGUCCACAGUCACCCGCAGUCCCAAGCAGGUGACAGUCUGAGCUGAGCUAGAAUUCAAAAAACUUUAGAAUUGGCUCCAGAUUUGUGAGAGGACCUGGGUUUGGAUCUCUGUCCAUGGAGGCACUGAAUGCACGAUGACCAGAAACAACAACUAUGGGAAGAGAGAAUGGCAUGGGGACAAGGCUGUCAUUACUCCAGGUACCAUGGGAGCUCAGGCCUGUUCAUCUAGUCUUUGGAGGGAAUCUGUGCAUGUGAAAUGACGCUCCCACAUCAUGGUUAUAAAUGGAGAGAUGAAAUCAGCUCAUCUUCCCCCAGGCCCACAAUGGUCAUGCCAAAACACAGAGGCUUGCUGUGUGGCCAGGCUGGAGCCCAGUGGUGAGAUCUCAGCUCUCUGCAACCUUUACCUCCCAGGUUCAAGUGACUCUCCUGCCUCAUCCUCCCAAGUAGCUGGGACUGCAGGCAUGAACCACCAACUCAGCUAAUUUAUAUAUUCUUAGUAGAGACCGGGUUUCAUUACGGUGGCCAGGACAGUCUUGAUCUCUUGACCUCAUUCUGCCUGCCUCCGCCUCCCAAAGUGCUGGGAUUACAGGUGAGAGCCACCGUGCCCAGCCUCUUGCAUUUACCAUUCACAAUAAAGCAGUUUGGAAUAUCCCACUGUUGAUUUGUGAUUUCCUCCUCCAAAUAUAAUCUGUGGCUCUGUAUACAUAAUUGAAUAUUUUUGUGUAUUGAUAUUUUGUGUCUGAAGAUGAAAUAUUAGAUGAAACAUGUUAAAACAUUUCAUGCAAAGCCUUCAGUGGUUGUAGAGUCUACUCUUUGGUGAAUACAUGAAUUAAUCUAUUUUAAAUAUUAAAAUUUUUAUUAGAUGUGAUAAUGAUAUUUUCUCUUUUAUCUUCAUUUGUUAGAUAGAGUUACUUACAUUCUUCCAUAAUUAAUGAUACUGUAUCUUAUAUUUGAUGUACAAAACUCCUAGAAUAUUUGGAAUUGAUCAUUGAAAUUAAACAGCAAAAUGAGAAUUGCUGAAACCUAGUGAUAAUGUACUCAUAAUGGGUUUAUUAUCUAUUAUCUCUAUCAUUGUUAAUUUUUAAAGUUUCCAUGGAAAACUAUACUAUGAACUUAAAAUUUUCUAUAAAACCCUUCGUGCCCUGCACUUUAGCUCCAAUGCAUAAUGAAUAAAGGAAAAUGGAUUCUCCUGUG